AUGUCGGCCGUAGAAGAAAUAAUGGCUUCUUGUGAACAACAUCGCGUAGACCAGUUGGAUUUGGCAAGUUUAACUUAAUUUAUUAUUUGUUUUCUGAAGAUAUCAUAGAAGAACGGAGUUCUAAGUAUUUUACGUUAUAUGUUUUUUUUCUUAAAAAAACGUGAAGAAUAACAUAUUGUUGUAGACACUGGUUGACGCAACAACUCUAUCUCCAAUCGCUCCGACCGGCAAAGUUAUCGAUAUUGUAAGCUUAAAACUUUCAUUUUGUUAUCUUUGAAGUUUAGAUUACUUUGGACAGCACGGACAACACUCUUAUCGCGGAUUCUGGCGAUCUUGAUGGAACUGUGAGUAAUAUCAGCUAAAUUAGGUGAAAACAGUUUAUUUACAGAUAGUGUUGGGUGAUACCCCUUUAAAUAGUCCUAUACUUUCAUCUUCACAUCAAGAAUUUUUGUUUGAGAAGGAGAACGAAAAGUUCGUAAGUUGUUCAUGUUGUAGUAGGUGAGUGGCAUAAAAAUCGAUUUCUCAUUAAAGAGGCGUUAUAAUUUUUUGAAAUUUGACACCAAAGACGGCAGUAGUAUUGAUAAGGUUUUGUUGAAAUAUACAAUGUUAACAUUUAUUCAAAAUGGAAUUACAGGUAGCUUUGGCAAAGAAAGUUAUAAAUUAUGUUUCGCCUUUGAAUCCCUUGAAUCAACGCAAAUUGAAUCAACAAAGACGACAGGAUUUUGUGAGUUUUAAAACAUUUUAAAAAUAAACAUUAAGUUAUGUUAAAUUUUGAUCAAACACUCUGUUUUAGAUUCAAAAUCCGGAAACUCCUAAUCUAUCGGUAUCAUCGGUUAAAUUUUUACCCGAUUUGUCGCCAAUUCAGGAAGAUGCAGGUGUGAAACGUGCUAAAAUAGAACGCAUUAAACCUCCAAUAGCCAAACAAUUAUCUGAAGCGAAAAAACUGGCAUCUGAAGCUGAAAAAUCGCCAACUGUCCCUAAAACACCUAUUAUAAGGUGCGAAAAACCACCUCAAUUACAUUUUUCAAAGGAAAUUUCUAAUGUGAAAGUUAGGACAUUGUGUAAUGUUACACCAAGGUAUUUUCAAAGAAGUUAUGGUUUUGUGGAUGGACCAGAAACUCCAGCUAAAUCGUUAAUUGUGAGUUUUUACCUAUAGUGCAUUUUGGGGGUGUUGAACUAGUUUUUGUUAUAACUUUUUUUGAAAGUUAGCUAUGAAUUUGAAAUUUGAUGGGAUUAUAGAUAAGAUAUUGUAUCAACUAUCUCAAGAAUCAAAAUUUAAAAAUUUGGUUUGAUUAAAAAGUUACAGUACAUUUAACGUACCUAUACCAAGCCUUUUUUGAAAACUUUAUUUCUUGGUUUUUUUGAAUUCGAUAACAAUCUUUUCAGGUUUACACUGACGGAAGUUACUUUGAGCAUACCAAAGAGUCUGGAAUUGGAAUAUUUUGUCAUACUGACUCUGACCUGAUACUACAAAAAGCGAUUUAUCCGAAGAAUCCGAGCAGCGAAACAGCCGAACUUGUAGCCAUUAUUUUGGCAUUGAAAAUGGUUUUGAAGUUGAAUAAGGAGUAAGUUUUGACUAUUUGUUUUACGGCCAAAAAGCUUGUAGAAUUGAUUUUUAAAGAUUUUGUGAAAAGGUCCGAAAAAUUUAAUUUUAUUUUUUUUUGUGAAAAAGUCCGCAGAAUUGAAAACCGAUUGGAACCUAUGUAUAAGUUUUUUUAAAUGGUCAAAAAGUAUGUGGAAAAACCAUGAACAUUCGAGAAAAUCUCUAAAAUGACAUUCCUUUUUCAGCACUCUACCGCUGGUCAUUCGAACAGAUCAGUUGAACUUGAUGCGCAAUCUUAACAAUGACUACACCUAUGGCAAGAUCAAUUCACAGUUACUACAAGAGAUUAUUGAUCUGGCCAAACAACAUCGAUUUGGAGUGACAUUCCAGCAUAUAUAUAGUCAUAAUGGUCAUCCAGGUCAAGAGAGAGCCGAUCGUCUUGCUUCGAUGCCAUUUAAGAAGGCUGAUGCUACUCCAAUUCAUAAGUACAACAGCACGGCAGAUAGACAAUGGGCGUGGGCUAGGGCGGUGAAGUGGGUUUUUGGAUUGAUUAUUUGGGGGGGGGGGGGGGGGGGUUUUGUAUUUUUUGAUAAAGUGUUGGUACUAUGGGCAAGGGCAGGGCUUUUAUGUAUGUUAGGGCUAGGUUAUUGUAGGGUAGAGUUGGGUAUUUUAGAGCAGCAUAUAUUCGCGUAGGGUAAGAUAGGGUAGGGUGGGGGUAAAAAAGGGGUAGAUUUUUCAAUUUCUUGGAUUUUUUAAAAUUUUUAAAAAAGAUUUAACGAUUUUAGGCACCCAUAUCGAAAAGUCUGGUUCAGAAAACCGAAAGGAGACAAUCUUCAAGUUCAUAUCACAUCAUCAUGGGUUCAGCCAACACGAGAAGACUUCACCAAAAAGGUUAAUGAACGACUGAACAAUCCAUACGUAAACAGAGAUCCAUCAAGACGAGGAAGCUUUGGCACCUUACCUAAAUUGGCAUUAAGGAACAGAAAUGUAGCGACAAACAAUGUUGAUUUACCUUCUGGUUUGACAGUACGAGCACCAAUAGUACCACCGGGAGAAGGAGUAUCAAAACCAGCAAAAAUUGUACUGCCAGGAGGACCAGUUGGUACUGAUAGGGUACCUGUACGAGCACCAAUUCUACCACCAGGAGAUCUAAUACGUACUGAUAAAGCCCGAUCCCCAAUUCUACCACCAGAACGUUCAGUAGCUGCUCAUAGAUCACCAGUACGAGCAUUAGGACGACCAAUAGAUUCUGGUAGAGUACCCGAUGGUAUUGGCCAAGUACCAUCGGAUAGUGGCCAGGUAUUAUCAAGAGUACCAACAAAUAGUGCUCAACUACCAUCAUGGGCACCAUCUGCCACUGGACGAGUACCAAUAUGUGCACCACCGAAUCAGUCAGAGCUUCCCAGUACAUCAAAAUCUUCUUCAUGGAAAUUCACUCGUACUGAAGCCGGUUGGACCUCUGCCAACAAGUAUAUGGAGCUUCAGAAGUCGGUGUGGACUACUGGUACUACUGAAUCAUCAUCAUGGUUAACUAAUGAUACUGAAUUCUGGAAACAGAAGCUAAACCAAAGAGUAUUUGACUUUGGAACUUCAAAAGAUAGUGGAUAUUCAUCAUCAAAUGGCAGUGGACAGUUAUCGAAUGGAGUCGAGUUUAGAUCUUCAUCAUCGAAUGACGAUCAUGUUGGAUAUUCAUCAUGGAAGGAAGAUAAGGUUACUAAGAGUUGGAUGAAAGGUCGAAAGAGAGGAAGAAACGAGAAUCAUGAUGAAUAUAACGCUAAAAGGGCCAGAUUCUAA